CCCGCGCCGCCUGAAAAGCCGGGCCGCGGGGCUGCGCGCAGAGCCGGCGAGGAGCAGCGGCCAUGACGGCCGAGCAGGUGCUGCCUCUGGGCGACGCGAAGGCGGCCGGAGAGGCGCGGGAGACCCAGGCGCUCGGCGGCGGCGGGGACGCGCGCGACCGCAAGCGCGACAAGGCGGUCCACGAGCGCGGCCACUGGAACAACAAGGUGGAGUUCGUGCUGAGCGUGGCGGGGGAGAUCAUCGGGCUGGGCAACGUGUGGCGCUUCCCCUACCUGUGCUACAAGAACGGAGGAGGGGCGUUCCUGAUUCCCUACGUGGUGUUUUUUAUUUGCUGUGGAAUUCCUGUUUUUUUCCUGGAAACGGCUUUGGGGCAAUUUACAAGUGAAGGUGGCAUUACAUGUUGGAGAAAAGUCUGCCCUUUAUUUGAAGGCAUUGGCUAUGCAACGCAGGUGAUUGAGGCACAUUUGAAUGUGUACUACAUCAUCAUCCUGGCCUGGGCCAUCUUCUACCUGAGCAACUGCUUUACCACUGAGCUCCCCUGGGCCACCUGUGGGCACGAAUGGAACACAGACAAAUGUGUGGAGUUCCAGAAGCUGAACGUGAGCAACUACAGCCAUGUGUCCCUGCAGAAUGCCACCUCCCCUGUCAUGGAGUUUUGGGAGCGGCGAGUCCUGGCCAUCUCCGAUGGGAUUGAGCACAUCGGGAACCUGCGCUGGGAGCUGGCCUUGUGUCUCCUGGCAGCCUGGACCAUCUGCUACUUCUGCAUCUGGAAGGGCACCAAGUCCACAGGAAAGGUUGUGUAUGUCACCGCGACCUUCCCCUAUGUCAUGCUCCUCAUCCUCCUGAUCCGAGGGGUCACAUUGCCUGGGGCCGCUGAAGGCAUCAAGUUCUACCUGUACCCUGAUAUCUCCCGGCUCUCUGACCCACAGGUGUGGGUAGACGCUGGGACGCAGAUCUUCUUCUCCUAUGCCAUCUGCCUGGGCUGCCUGACUGCCCUGGGCAGCUACAACAACUACAACAACAACUGCUACAGGGACUGCAUCAUGCUCUGCUGCCUGAACAGUGGCACCAGCUUCGUGGCCGGCUUUGCCAUCUUCUCAGUCUUGGGCUUCAUGGCUUAUGAGCAAGGUGUGCCCAUUGCCGAGGUGGCUGAGUCUGGACCUGGCCUGGCCUUCAUUGCCUACCCCAAGGCCGUCACAAUGAUGCCUCUGUCCCCACUGUGGGCCACCCUGUUCUUCAUGAUGCUCAUCUUCCUGGGCCUGGACAGCCAGUUUGUGUGCGUGGAAAGCCUGGUGACAGCUGUGGUGGACAUGUACCCUAAGGUCUUCCGGAGGGGCUACCGGCGAGAGCUGCUCAUCCUGGCCCUGUCAGUGGUCUCCUACUUCCUGGGCCUCGUGAUGCUGACAGAGGGAGGCAUGUACAUCUUCCAGCUCUUCGACUCCUAUGCCGCCAGCGGAAUGUGCCUGCUCUUCGUGGCCAUCUUCGAGUGUGUGUGCAUCGGCUGGGUGUAUGGAAGCAACCGGUUCUAUGACAACAUUGAAGACAUGAUUGGCUACCAGCCACUGUCACUCAUUAAGUGGUGCUGGAAGGUGGUGACCCCUGGGAUCUGUGCGGGUAUCUUCAUCUUCUUCCUCGUCAAGUACAAGCCACUCAAGUACAACAAUGUCUACACAUACCCUGCCUGGGGUUAUGGCAUCGGCUGGCUCAUGGCGCUGUCCUCCAUGCUCUGCAUUCCAUUCUGGGUCUGCGUCCAGCUAUGGCGGAUGGAGGGCACAUUGCCUGAGAAAUUCCGGAAGUUGACAGUCCCCAGUGCAGAUCUGAAAAUGCGGGGCAAGCUUGGGGCAGGCCCACGGACGGUGACGGUAAAUGACUGUGAUGCCAAGCUCAAGGGUGACGGCAGCAUCGCGGCCAUCACAGAGAAGGAGACGCACUUCUGAACCUACUCAUCUGCCUGCCACCUCAAUUCUCCUCCCCUUCUCAUGUGUAAAUGACCCCAAGCUUCUCCUAGUGGUAGGGGCUUUGCUUCUGUACACAGGAUAUAUUAACACGUUAAUCUCCAUGGGCCACUGUACACAUGCUGAUAACCCCCAUCCCGACCUCGCUUGGUGACCAUGGAAGUAUCCACCACCGUGAGAUAAUUCUGUACAGAGACUAGCACCUCACACAUCCCACAAUGGUUUUAAUCAGUGUGUCUUAGGGGUCAGUGUGCCAUAUUGUAAAAAUUUUAUAUUGGGGCUAUGGGCAGGUAGGGUGGGGAGUGAUAAACUGUUCUCUGCUGGCCUCUUCACCCACUAUUCCUGACUCUGUGGGCAGCUGUCCCCUCUGGGUCCCCAGCUUCUCUCUUGAAUAUCCGUUUUUCAGGGAUGGGGUUUGCAGGCCAAAGGCUAUAUAGCAGAGCAGAGAAAGCCCCAGCAGACUGGGGACCCCAAGGUCAGAGGCCCUUUGCCUCAGUCCUAUUAAGUGACCUUUGCCACUCCCUUCCCCUCCCUGGGCUCAAUUUCCCUAUCUCCCAAAUUGGGGGAUUCUGUUUGCCUCCCUCCCCUAAAUCACUGCCAUUUAACUUGACUCCUAACAUUGCACAGGCCAUCGCCUCCCCCUAUCCCAGUCCCCUCUAUGGAACCCUGUUUACACCUGCUCACUGGAAACCUGAUUUCUCCUGCAAUGAUGUGGUGAUAUGUGUGCUAACCCUGGCUUUAUCCUUGUCCCAGCCCUGUGGCAGGGGCUCCUCCUGUCAACCUCCUGAUCUUGUCCUCCCUCUGUGUCUCCAUCCUGGGCAGAGCUAUGGAGGAGCCAUAGUGGCUUCUGAUUCAGGAGGCAUAGACUUCCUGUAGCCUCCCACAGUGGGUGCUGCUGGGAGGCCACAGGCCCUUCUCUGUCCCCAGCUACCUCUUUUCCUGCUUGCUGUCACCUGCCUACCCCUGUCUUGUUUGUCCUGGCAGACCCUGUGUGGAGACUCCCUUCUCUGUACCAGCAGCCAGAAGCCUCAGCUCCUGUCUAUACAAAUGACCUGGGCGGGGGGGGGGGGAUCUGGGGAGCCCUUGGUUCUUGGGUUGAGGGGCACAGGCCUCAGGCCACAGGAGGGCAGGACUGGCCUCAGGCCUCAACAGUGAUUUCUUUCCCUGAUUAACUGGACUUCACAUCAAGCCUCCAUGUGGUCUUCUGAGCUAUCGGGGUGAAGAAGGUGCAUUCAUUUUUCUUCCCUCACAGGCCCCAUUUCCAUUUGAUGGAACUGUUAGCUUUCUACAAAAGAUACCCAUGUGUUCCAUUGACCCAAAGGUUUCAAAAACCUGUAUUCUCUACUACACCAGGCCCUCACCUAAAGCCUGAGUUUGCUCAUAGGGAGGCCCAGGCCCCAGGACAGGUGGGGGCACCUUGUUCUGGGGCCCCUCUUGCUCCUAGCUGCUCAUGGACAGACCAGCAGCCCCUGAGCCAUCUGGCCUGGGGGACCUGGGAGCAACCCCCUGCACUUGUUGUCCUCAGCCACACUCCUCCCAGCAGGCCCCAGGGAGAGAAAUCUACUGCUGCUACAGUCCCACCACCAGCUCCUGCGGGCAGACAGACAAAAGGACUGGCCUCCAAGGUCUGCCGCUGGGAUGCACGCACCAGACACGUGGCUCUUAACACUUGACACUCUUAACCCUACUCAUGAGCAGGGUGGAGGGGGCUGGGUUUUCUGUAUUUUGUAAUUUCCUACUAGGAUCCGGGUAACUUUACAGGGUGGGGAGGGUGAUGUGGGGUGGGGGCUGUGUCAUCGUGAUCACUUUUUGAUAUUUGUUAGGAACAAUACAUCCUUUCUGAGAUAUUUACAGUAUUAUUAAAAAAUGAAACCUGUUGUCUUGUUUUGCAUCAUAAAUAUUCUUAUUGGAGGCCCCCAGGGCACAUGA